CGGAAGUCGGAUUUCGGUUGCGGAGGCGAAGGCGGCUCCAGUGUAAACCCUGAGCUGAGGCGGCGAUCCUGAAAUCGGCUGAGUUAGUGGGGCGCGGAGGAGGCCGGCCGACCCCAAGCCGCCUGGUCACUUCGUGUGGAGAGUUUUUAAAAAGCCGCUUUCCAGCAACCGCGUUCACCGUAAAUGAAACCAGUCACGUGUCUGGGGGCGGGACCCUGGAACGCCGUCCUUUUUUGGUUAAGCUUCUAUCUUCAAACAAGCCCUGUGGAAGGUUCUUGUUCUUCCGCUAUGGGUGAGCCGCAACAAGUGAGUGCUCUUCCACCACCUCCAAUGCAGUACAUCAAGGAAUAUACAGAUGAAAAUAUUCAGGAAGGCCUAGCUCCCAAGCCUCCACCUCCAAUAAAAGACAGUUAUAUGAUGUUUGGCAAUCAGUUCCAAUGUGAUGAUCUUAUCAUCCGCCCUUUAGAAAGCCAGGGCAUUGAACGGCUUCAUCCUAUGCAAUUUGAUCAUAAGAAGGAACUGAGAAAACUCAAUAUGUCUAUUCUUAUUAAUUUCUUAGAUCUCUUAGAUAUCUUGAUAAGGAGCCCUGGGAGUAUAAAACGAGAAGAGAAACUGGAAGAUCUUAAGCUGCUUUUUGUACAUGUGCAUCAUCUCAUAAAUGAAUACCGACCCCACCAAGCAAGAGAGACAUUGAGAGUCAUGAUGGAGGUGCAGAAACGUCAACGCCUUGAAACAGCUGAGCGGUUUCAGAAGCAUCUGGAGCGAGUCAUUGAGAUGAUUCAGAAUUGCCUGGCUUCUUUGCCUGAUGAUCUGCCUCAUUCAGAAGCAGGGAUGAGAGUAAAAACUGAACCAAUGGAUGCUGAUGAUAGCAACAAUUGUACUGGACAGAAUGAACAGCAAAGAGAAAAUUCAGGUCAUAGGAGAGACCAGAUUAUAGAGAAAGAUGCUGCCCUGUGUGUCCUAAUUGAUGAAAUGAAUGAAAGACCAUGAAGGAUAUAUAUAUAUAUAUAUAUAUAUAUAUAUUUUUUUUUUUUUUUUGCUUUUCUCCUUUUCUUUUCAGUAAAUGUCAUAUAUUCGUUAUUUUGCUUUUGGAGAGUCUUAAAAGAGAUAUAACUAGAAGUCAUGUGAAUGGCUUGACUCCUGCUUCAUCAUUUAGGAGGCGUUACUGUCUGUAAGUGGCAAGCAUAGGCAAAUGAUUAUAUAUGUAUACAUUAAGAGUAAUCACCUUAAAAAGGAAAGUUCUGAGAUUGUGUGAAACGUUCCUGGAUUUGGAGUUGCAGAAAACAUUGAAGAUCUCAGUAAUAGCAAGCUUUCAUCUUUGAAAACUAGAUUUGUCAGUUGCUUUAAGAAUGAUAGAUAAAUAAAGGAUAUCGAGCUGUAUAAAUGUGAAAUUAUAAAAUCUUCAGAUUUACUUUUCUUAAAAACUUACUUGAUCUCUAAAAAUAUAGUAUAACAUGUUAAAAGAGAGGAACCCCAUAGAGUUAUAAAACAGCAAUUUUAUUUUUCCUCUUGACUGCUUCUGUAAAUAGAUUAUCUCAGCUUCUUGUUCCUACCCUGGGUAGGUCUAUUAACUUUUUUCCAGUCACUCAGAUAAUAAAUCUUUUGAUUACUUUUUGUUACAUUCA